AACGACCGGGACCCCCCCGCUCGUCACACUCCUCCCCUGAGCCCUCAGGCCCUCAUCAGCCUCGCGACGUCUCGUCUCCCGCGGCGCUUCCGUUCCCACCCCAACCAUUGACGCCCUGCUCAGGAUCAGGACUAGAGGAAGAAAAGGGGAGAGCUUUGUCUUCGGCGGUUUCUUGCAAUCCUCGCCAUGCUCAGGAGGUCCCACGGAGGGUUCCGGCUCGGGCGGAAGCUGGUCGGGCUGUGGCGGUGGGCGCUCUGCGGCCGGCGCCGGCGCCGGGGAGGCUACAUCCGCCUGCGGCAGCGUUGCGCCACCGGCGGCGGCGGCGGCGGCGGAUGCUGCGGGGAGCGCGCGGCCAGGAAGCUCGCGCCGGUGCUGUGGUGGGGCCGGUCGCUGGCGCGGCGGCUGAGCCUCGGGUGGAGGGCCGGCGGGCGCCGCGCGCUGGACGACGGCGGCGGCGAGCCGGCGGUGACCACGCCCAAGGGGCAGGUGGCCGUGUACGUGGGCGGCGGGGAGGCGUCGCUGCGGUACGUGGUGCCGGUGGUGUACUUCAACCACCCCAUGUUCGGGGAGCUGCUCAGGGAGGCCGAGGAGGAGUUCGGGUUCCACCACCCCGGCGGCAUCACCAUCCCCUGCCCCGCCGCGCGGUUUGAGCAGGCCGCCGCCCUGGCCGCCGCGGGGAAGAAGGGCUUCGGCAGGUGGUAGUAGUAGAAGGGCGUCACUGCAGCAGCCGGUUAGGAGGAGGGAGGGAGGGAAAGAGAGAGAGGCCCCUGGCCGCCACCGGCCGGCCGGCGGCGGAGGCGGUUGGUGUACAUAUGCGUGUUUCCAGCCGAAAGGGGCUAUCUAGCUGAUUUUGUUCGUUCGAUUCUUGGUCCUUGUUGGCUGAUGCCUGCUGUUCUUUGUUUCUCGAUGAUGUUCGAUUACGGGGGCUGCGAUUCUUGUUCAGAACACGCUGGUCUUGUUCGUCUCCA